CUUUCCAGUCGUGCCAGCAAGAAAGCCAUUGCAUUUCUCCUCUCCGAGACGCCGUUCAGCUGCGCGAGUGGGAGGUAUCACGUUAAGGGGCUGGUGGCGUUGCAAGUACUAAUGAUUGAGUCUCUUCCGGCCAUGCUCCCUAUCAUUCCCAUUGCAGAGUCGGCCUGCUUGCUGUCCACAAUGCAGGAAUACAUCACCAACCUAGAGACGAGAGAUAUCCCGCGACCACCUUUGCAGUCUUCUGUCGCAUUGGCAGGGUCUAGCUCCUAUCCCAGCCUUUCCGAUGUCGACUUCUAG